CUCCUACCUAUCUAUACCUUCCCAAAAGGGUUACUCCAAUAUUAAAGAAGAGUUAUUUUGAGAAUUAAAAAAAAAAAAAAAGGGGCUCAAAAUAUCUAAGGUCCGUUCCAUAAACUAAUAUUAUUAUUAUUUUCAAAACCUGUAUUCAUCAAACUGUGACCUAACAGCUCCUUUUUCCAUCUCUCUCACUUGACCUCCAUUACAACAUAGUUUCCAUCUCCUAAAAUUUUCCUCCAAAUCUAAAUCCAAAAUCCUUCUAAUUUUACAAACUCUUUAAUAGCUUUUUUUUACCUCUUGAGUUAUAUCCUCCAUUUUCUUGGAAAGAUUAUUCUUUUUCUAAUAUCUCACUUUCUUCUUCAUUUUCCCAUCUAAAUCUUGAUAAUUCUCCUCAAUCUAAACCCUUUUUUUCUCAAACCCUAACUCCUUAAACCACUCUAAAUUAAUAUACCCUUUGAAGAAGAACUCCCAAGUAUGUUGUAGCAUCAUUCCCUUUGAACUUCAAAUCACAUUAUCCAUAUUUUUUUCCUUUCAAGAUUUAACUCCCUAGCUACCCCUUGUUAGAUCAAGAAAACACAGCAUACAUAUUUAUUUCCUUUCAAGAUUAUUUAACUUUCUAGCUACCCCUUGUUAGAUCAAGAUUUAUAAGUAUAUAUGGAUCCUAAUUUUGGCCCAAUAAAAGAAGAGUUUCUUGGAUCUAAUGAACCUACUAUGUGGAUUCCUCAACCAAUUGAGGGGCUUAAUGAGAAUGGACCUCCACCAUUUCUAACAAAGACUUAUGAACUUGUGGAUGAUCAAAGCACAAAUGAUGUUGUUUCUUGGAGUAGAGGUAACAAUAGUUUCAUUGUUUGGGAUCCUCAGACUUUCGCCAUGAAUCUUCUUCCAAGGUACUUCAAGCAUAGCAAUUUCUCAAGCUUUGUCAGGCAGCUCAAUACUUAUGGAUUUAGGAAGGUUAAUCCGGACCAAUGGGAAUUUGCUCAUGAAGGUUUCUUGAGGGGGCAAAGGCAUAUCCUGAAAACAAUUAGGAGGAGAAAAACAAGUAAUUUCCAUCAUGGACAAGCUUCAAAUCAAGGUAUAGACACUUAUGUUGAAUUGGGAAAGCUUGAGAUAGAUGGAGAAAUGGAUCGAUUAAGGCGCGAGAAGAAGCAUUUGAUGAUGGAAUUGGUGGAGCUUAAACAACAUCAACAGACUACAAAAUCACACAUCAAAGCAAUGGAGGAAAAGCUUAAGAGGACAGAAACAAAACAACAACAAAUGAUGAAUUUCUUGGCUAAAGCAAUGCAAAAUCCAAAGUUUUUGGAGCAAAUGAUGCAACAAAAGGAAAGAAGGAAGGAACUUGAGGAAGAAAUUAGGAAUAAGAAGAGGAGGCAAAUUGAUCAUCAAGGUCCUAGUAAUGUUGGAGACUUGGGCCAUAGUGUUGAUAAUAAUGAUAGAAGUUUUAGUAUAAAGAUGGAGCCUCAUGAAUAUUAUUAUGGUGAUCAAAUUGAUGGAUUUGAUGAUCUUGAAUUGGAGAGAUCACUUGCUAUGAGCAUGCAAGGACAAAGUGGGAACACAAUCAAUCUUGCACAAGACUACACUGAUAUUGAGAAUGAAGCUACUACUAAUGAAGGAUUUUGGGAGCGUUUGUUGAGUGAAAAUGUUGAAGGAGAUAUCAAUUUACUUGAUAUUGAAGGGGAAAAUGAAGAAGAUAAUGUGGAUAUUUUGGCUCAUCAUCUUGGAUUUUUGGGUUCUACACCAAAGUAAAAGGAUCACUUUUCUAUUGGUUUUCCAUUCUUUUCUCUUCAUAAUUUGGAUUUUAGUUCUAUUAUUUGCCUAAUAUAGACUAUAAAUUAUAUGCUAAUUAAUUAGGAGGAGGCCAAUUCUUUUGCAAAAGAAAGCAACUCUCUACAAGUUAAGUUUGAUUAUUCUCAGGUGUUCUAUAAGUUCCUUUUGACCUGUGUGGAAUUGUUUGGUACCUUUCAUAUCUUGGAAGGCCAACUUGUUUUCUUCAGUAUUGAAAUGUAUCUUCGUACUAUGUUA